CAAGACACCGAAAUUAAUUAGCAGUGGCACCCACCGAGAUCGCUCUUCCGCCGAAAUUAAUCCAUGGCUCCGCGCUAGGGUUUAGGGCUUCCUCGCCCAAUUCCGUCCGCCCCUCGGAGCUGCGGCUGCACCCUUGCGGAGGCAGGAUCGAUCGGUUCGGAUGGAGGACGGGGACGCCGAGACGGCCCAGAGGGACGCGAUCACCGCGAGGAUGCGGGGCCAGGACUACGCCGGCGCCAGGGCGCUGCUGCUGCAGGCGCUGCAGACCAACCCCAGGCUGGACGGCGCCCUGGAGAUGCUAACCGUGCUCGAGGUCCUCUGCGCCGCGACCAAGGCGCAUGCCGGCCCCGGCCGUGGCGUGGACUGGUACAGGGUCCUCCAGGUGCUGCCCGGGGACGAUGCUGCCAGGAUCGGGGCGCGGUACAGGAGCAUCGUGGCUCAGCUGGAGCCGAUCGGGGGCGAUCUGCCCGGCGCUGAGUUGGCUCUCCGGCUUGUCAGGGAGGCGUAUGCGGUGCUGUCUGAUCCGGAGAAGAGAGAGGGGUUCAAUUCCAGGGACAUUUUUGCUCGGUUAGUUCGUUCUGGUGUUGUUAACGCACCAACUCCUCAUAGUACAAUGGUCCGUUCUGACAAGCUAAACAGCCUUCACACAAGGGAUAUUAUGACAGCGGAUUUCACAAGCAAUGCAGUCUCACAUUUUCAGCACACCGACAAAUCAUGCUUUGACGACAGGAACUCACAUCUUUCAAAUGUGGCUAGUUCUUCUAGAACUAAGAGGAUGGAUCCUUGCUUUCUAGGUGAUGACGGUGACUUGCAGCCACCUGACGACAACCAUGUUGACAAGAAGCAAAAGAGUGUAUGUGAAGAGGACCUUUAUUGUGCGUCCCCCUCACAGGAAGAUUUUGAUGCCUUCUUUGAUGUUCCGUCAGAUGCCAAAGAAGAUGAACACUGCUCUGGCAAACAGUACGAUUAUCAUAACUUUGAGGAAGAUAGGGCGAUAGAGAACUUUGCUACUGGUCAGGUUUGGGCAGCAUAUGACUGGGAGAGGUUUCCUCGCAGAUAUGCACUGAUAACUAAAGUAUUAAUGGAUAAAAUGCAGUUAUGUGUCUCAUGGUUCAACCCCUGUCUGCAAUCUGAUGAAGAGAGGAAAUGGUCGUGUGCAGGCUUGCCAUUGGUUUGUGGAACUUUUGCUGCGGAAGAAUGCCGUAUCUCAUUAGCUUGUCCAACUAUUUUCUGCCAUCAGAUUUCCAGUGAUAACCUGAAUCAGCGUCUUGAAAUAUAUCCCCAGGAAGGUGAGGUCUGGGCCAUAUACAGUGACUGGGAUAUUGGGUGGUGCGCUGAUCCUGAGAUGUGGAAGAAGAGUGCCUUCUCUAUUGUUGAAAUUCUUACCAGUUAUUCAAAAGAAGCAGGUUGCACCGUCGCACACUUGGUAAAGGUAGAUGGACAUGGAAGUGUUUUUCAGAGGCAUUUGAAGAGUGGAACAGAGCACUUGUUACAAAUACGCAGUGACAAUCUACUCAUGUUUUCUCACAGGAUCCCAUCUUUCAGAUUUACUCCUGAGGCUGGAACUAUGUUCGAGCUUCAACAUUCUGCAGUUCCACAAACACUGUGCCAAGAACAUGCAAAGCCAUGUAUUUCUAGUUUGUCCUUUUCAGGUUUACAUGAUGACACAAACGGCUUUCCUGAAACUGCUGUUGCACAAUUCUCAAAUCCUUCAACAAGCAAAAUGGAUUCAGGUGCCCCAUUGCAAGCCACGGUGAGCUGCAAUAACAAGUUGUCCCCCAACGAUUUCCUGGAGGGCCAGAUAUGGGCUGUAUUUGAUUCUCGGGACCGGAUGCCUAGGUCUUAUGUCAGAAUAAUCCGUGUGGUUUCAUGUACUUCAGUUUUUGUGUUGAAAUUGGAACAUCACCCUAUGCUUAAUGAAGAGAUACGGUGGGUUGAAGAUGGUCUACCGGUUGCUUCUGGGGUAUUUCGUGCUGGUACUGAAACUACUUACAAGGACAUCUGGGAGUUGUCUCACCCUGUAGAGUGUGAUUGGAGUGCAAAGAGGUCUUUCUACCGAAUUUUCCCAAAGAAAGGGGAAAUAUGGGCCAUGUACAAAAACUGGAAGGUCACCUUGAAUAGCACUGAUAUUGAUAACUGUGAAAUUCGCAUGGUUGAGAUCCUCUCAGACUACUUCGAUGAAAAUGGAGUCAAUGUGUGCAGCUUGGUUAGGGUAAAAGGUUGCUUAACCUUUUUUCAUAGGUUAGUAAUGGAAGAUUUCCAUUUGACAAGAUGGAUUCCAAGAUGAGGACUGGCAGGUGUUAAAAAUUACGAAAAUGAGUUUUUCUAACCAUGAAAACUAUGAUGAUACAUUGCAAAAUGAGAAAACAAUGUAACUGAAAUCAGGGUUCACCGUAGCAUCAUUUUAGCGUUGCUAUCAAGCAUCAACUGCCCAGUUACACUGCCACAGGCUCUCCAGUUUGGUUAUCUGUUGAUCGGCCCUUCUGUUCUUUUAGUUGCUUCUUGAUGAGCAUUGUGUGCAAUCAUCAUCUACUUUGACCCUAAUUGUUAUUUGGUGUAAUGGAAGAAUGAAGGCAAAUAAUCUUUCUUGAGUGA